UUUCCAAAUACUUACAGCUUAUUUCUGACUUUUACCUGAGUACAAACCAUAGAAACCAUGGCUGAGGCUAUCCUUGCUGAUGUUGCUAAGAGAAUACUAAGCAAGCUGAUUGCACUUAUUACUGAACAAAUCGGCCUUGCUUGGAGUUUCAAGGAGGAGCUGAGACGGUUGCAUCAGUCAGUAGAGAUGAUUCAAGCUGUGCUGGCUGAUGCAGAGAAAAGGCAAUUGAGAGAAGAGUCUGUGGGGCUUUGGUUGCAGAGGCUUAAAGAUAUUGCUUAUGAAGCUGAUGAUUUGUUGGACGAGCUUGAUUAUGAGAUUCUUUGGCAAAAGGUAGAGAUCCGAAACCAAAUGAAAAGAAAGGUACACUUCUUCUUUUCAUCUUCAAACCCUAUUGCUUUUCGUAUCAAGAUGGCUAACAAGAUUAAGACUAUUAGCGAAUCGCUAAAAAAGAUUAAUGAAGAAGCAAAUGGAUUUGGACUUACUAAAGAGAGAUUAGUAAAUGCAGAUCCUGAGAUUAUCCCAAACCGGGAGACAGACUCCUCUCUUGAUCAUUCAGGAGUUGUAGGAAGGGAAGAUCAUGUCUCAGAAAUUGUAGACUUGUUGCUCAGUGCAACCGAUCAACAACUUUUGGUCAUUUCUAUAGUAGGAAUGGCAGGUUUGGGGAAGACAACUUUAGCAAAACUAGUAUACAAUCAUGAGCUAGUAUACAAAUAUUUUGAUGAAACAAUAUGGGUGUGUGUUUCUAAUAAUUUUGAUGAUAAAAAGAUUUUGAGAGAGAUUCUUGAAUCUCUUAUCCAUAACUCAAGUACUUUAGAAAACAAGAAUGCAAUACUUGAAUGUCUUAAAAAACAAUUGCAUGGUAAAAGAUAUCUUCUAAUACUUGAUGAUAAAAUAGAAUUAUUGUAA